AUGUCCGGAAUGUACCUCGCGACUGAACGGCGCAUCGCCAUUGAAGCGGUGCAAACGGCAUGCACCAUUACGACCAAGGUCUUUCAGCAUCUUGUUUCUUCCGAGUCGGUCACAAAGAAGGACAAGUCGCCCGUGACGAUCGGUGACUACAGCGCCCAAGCUGCGGUAAACUACGUCUUGUCGCGCGCAUUUCCACAGGAUGGGAUUGUGGGUGAGGAGACUGCGGAUGACCUUCGUACUAUGGAAGGUGUCGAGCUCCGUGCAAAAGUAACGUCGCUCGUCAACGAGGCUCUGCAGAAGCACGAGCAAGUAGCGGGGCCGUUGCCAGAUAGCGAAAUCUUGGACACGAUCGAUCUCGGUACCUACAGCGGCGGUGCCGACAAGCGUUUUUGGGCGCUUGAUCCGAUUGACGGCACGAAAGGGUUUCUGCGCGGUGGACAGUAUGCAGUAUGCCUUGCGCUCCUGGUCAAUGGCCGUGUCGAGCUCGGGGUGAUGGGAUGCCCCAACCUGCCUCUUGACCCGAAGCAGCCGAAACCGCGCGAUGGCGAGAUCCGCGAUCGUGACGUGUCUGGCCUUGGCGCGCUGUUUGUCUGUGUGCGUGGGCAGGGCUCCUAUGUGCGUCCUAUUUGCGGCGCGGACGCUGCCGAGACUCCCAUCCAGAUGCGGGAUUUGCAGGGCAGUUUCAAGUCCGCUGGGUUCUGUGAGUCCGUCGAGGCUGGCCAUUCCUCGCUGGCGACCAAUCAACGGAUCGCGCGGAUUUUGGGCAUGGAUACGGAACGCUCAGUUCGUAUGGAUAGUCAGGCAAAGUAUGCAAGCAUUGCACGCGGCGAUGGCGAUGUCUACCUACGCCUCCCUGUGGGCGACGGCAGCUACCAGGAGAAGAUUUGGGAUCAUGCCGCGGGCACGUUGCUUGUCGAGGAGGCCGGCGGCACAGUCUCUGAUAUUGCGGGGCGUGCGCUUGACUUUAGGCUUGGGCGUACGCUGAAAGCAAAUCGCGGCGUCGUUGCGUGUAGCAAAGAUAUGCACCCAACGCUUGUCGAGGCUGUCGCAGACGCACUGCACGAGGAGGGUCGUGCAUCGUUGCUGGAAGCGCCGUAG